AUGGGCGCCCACCACCACACGGCGCAGCUCGGCCCAGCGUACCGGUCCAACAGCGCGGGCGACGGCCCGGAAAAGACGCGCGACCGCAAGCACUGGUUCCCGCGCUUCAAGUCGACGCUCGCGGGCAGCUUCCGCGCGACGCGCAUGUUUGCGUGCUGCGAGUGCGCGUUCGGCAGCAGCGACGGCCCCCACCGCUACAAGGCGUCGGACGGCACGCACUGCCUUUGUGGCAAGGACGAGUGGCCGCUCGCCAAGGCCGUGGAAGUCCACGAGUACAAUCGACGUCUCGCGCUCUGCGCUGCCCACGACGGCAAGCGCUACGAAGACAUUGUGGCGGCCGGCGACGACGGCGCGCUCUCGCCACUGCCAUUUUACGAGAGCAGCAUCCUCAUUCCGGACGACGCGCUGAGCGAUUAUUUAAGCGAGUUUCUCGACGAUGCCAGCAGUAUGGACGAACACGAGUAG